AUGUCAGAAAUAGCACCAAAUUUGAGCUACAGCUCCAGCCCGAAUGCAGUUUCAAGUAAGACCGCAGAUUUGAGCGAAGUCAGCACCUCCAAGAGCAAUAGCCCCGUUCCUACUCCUUCUACUGCUCCUGCCAAGUCGAAAGAAGAUCGUCCCUACAAGUGCACCGUUUGCUCGAAGGCGUUCCACCGUCUUGAACACCAGACCAGACAUAUCCGUACGCACACCGGUGAAAAGCCCCACCCUUGUACAUUCCCUGGGUGCACAAAGAGGUUUUCUCGGUCAGAUGAGUUGACCAGGCAUCUUAGAAUCCACAAGAACCCAUCUUCUAGAAAGAGAAGAAACAAUGACCAGAUGAUGAUACAGAUCCCCAGCACCGUCGAGCAGCAGCAGAUGCAGCAGCAACAGCAACAGUUCCAGCAGCAUCCGCAGCUCCAGACUCAGGAUCAGCUUCAGCAGGGUAUCUUCCCCCAACAGCGCACGAUAAGCGUCACGGUGGACAGGAACGGUAAUCACAUAUAUCAUCUGCCUUAUCCAGUGUAUAUCAUGCAAGGAGGGCCCCAGCAGAUGGGUUCUGCGCCCAUGUCUGGUCCUCAACCUCAGUACUUUCAAGAUCAGCAGCAACCAAUGCUGGCCAUGCAGCAGAAUGUGAUACCCAACGGUGGAGCUCCCCAAUACUUCCAGUCGGCUCCAAUCCCGAUCAAACAGGAACAGAACCAACAGCAGCCACAACAAGUACCACAAGUGCAGCUUUUACAACCACAAGGUCAACAGCUACAACAUGGACAGCCAUCUCCAAUCUCCCAAACCGCUUUCAAUUUGCCCACCUCCCCUAAUCAAGCCCAGUCGAGCACUUCUCCUCCACUUCUUGGUUCGUUAAACAAAUCUUUAUCAGCUACGUCUAUCGUAUCAAAUUCCAACUUCCCGGUCUUUAGUCAGUCAGGAACAAUAUCUACCAACAACUCCUCCAUCCACUCUUUAAGUAAUUCUCCGGAGGCUUCAGUAACAAAUGGAGUACCUGUUGGACUUCAUAACAACAACAAUGGCAACAACCACUUCAGCGGACAGUUGCCUCCUAUCACCUCCAUGGGAUCUUCAACAUCACUCAAAUCCAAAUUGUUUAACGCAUCAUCCACUUCAUCACUUUCAUCACUUAAAUCAAACUCGUUUUCCAAUCUCUCUGGGUUACAAAGAAUGACACCAAUUAAGCUGAAUCUUCUGCAAUCUAGAUUGGUACAACCGCAGCCACUGCCACUCCCACUUCCUAAACAGAAGUCAUCUUCAUCCUUAAACCUUGAGUUUUACGCUAGUAACAAGAAGUCAAGACCAAACUCGCCUAAUUCUUCUAUGGUGAAUGCUCAACAAUACUACCAAACUUCAAAUAGUUCUAACUCAACAAUCCCAACAUCUAGCAAGAUAUCUUCAACUGGAUUUGGAGGUGGCCUCACUCCAGCUCACCAUAACUCAUCUGGAGAAGCUGCCUUUAUGAUUUCUCCUAAUGAAACUCCAUUGCAAACUCCUUCGCAAUCACCACACUUACAACCUCAAACUAUGAGCGGCUUUGAUAAGACCAAUCACUUCAGUUUGUUGAAUGCAGCUAUUCAGAAACACCAAGAAAGUAGCUCUACGCCUGCCCCUGCUCCAACCUCAUCUCCAAGCAGUAACUCUACUCAGAGCAUUGCCACCACAGGUACACAACUCCCUCCGAUUCGCAGUGUUUUUUCGUUCACAUCACUUGCCGCUGAGUCCAAGAGAGAGUAG